CGCAGCUUCCAGAAGGGCCGGAGCCGCGGGGGGGCCGGCCCGGUGGCGCAGUCGGAAUUGCUGCGGCCGCGGGGCCCGGCCGGGGCGGGGCAGGCGGUGAUGCCCUUGUUUAUUUUUACCCGGGCGGUUCAUCCUCCUCGGCAGCCCCAGCGCGGCCCCCUCUGCUGCUCCCCGCCCCAGCUCCGACGGCGGCGCCGCCUAUAAAGCGCCGCCCGCGGGGAGCCGAGGAUGCAGCUCUACAGCUCCGUGAUCACCCACUACCCGGCGGCCGCCACCGCAGCAGCCGCCGCGGCCUCGCCGAGCUCCGCCGCCGUCUUUAAGGUCUCCUUGUCGCCGGGACCCUCCACCGCGGAGGCACCGAGCGCCGCCGACGCCGCGGGCCCGAACGCGGCUGCCGAGAGCUCCGGCAAGGACAGCUUCGUUCCCGCGGGGGGCAGCAGCAGCAGCGCCGCCGCCAUGCCCGCCUUCUCGUCCUGCCUGGAGGUGAUGCCGAGCGGCCCCGCGGCGGGCCCGGCCGGGCGGCCGGCGGGCGGCCCGCAGUUCAGCUCCUGCGCGCAGGUCACCGUCAGCCGCCGGCGGCCGCUGGAGCGCAUCGUGCCCAUCCGCAUCGUGCAGCGCGCCGAGGCCGCCGGAGAACUGGUGCCGGGCUCGCCGCGCAGCCGCGCCUGGCUGGAGGGCAUCCUGGAGAGCGUGCGGCAGGCCGGGGGCGACGGCGAGGCCGCCGCCGAGGAGCCCAGCAACCGCAGCCUGCGGCUCAGCGAGCACUGCCAGGCGCUGCAGGCGGCGGCCGCCGGAGCCCAGCCCGGGCUGGUCCCCGGCUGCGGCCCCGCCGAGCGGAGCGGGGGCUCCGCGCAGCCCGGCGGCCCCGCCGCGCACGGCGAGGAGGAGGAGGCGGCGGCGGGGCCCGACGUGCGGCGGGGGCCCGGCGGCAGAGCGGAGCGCAGCGAGAAGCUGGCGCUGUACCUGGCCGAGGUGGAGAAGCAGGACAAGUACCUGCGGCAGAAGGGCCGGUUCCGCUUCCACAUAAUCCCCGACGGGAACUGCCUGUACCGCGCCGUCUGCAAGGCGGUGUACGGGGACCAGCGGCUGCACGGCGAGCUCCGCGAGCAGACCGUGCACUACAUCGCCGACCACCUGGACCACUUCAACCCCAUCAUCGAGGGCGACGUGGGAGAGUUCCUCAUCGGCGCCGCCCAGGACGGGGCCUGGGCCGGCUACCCGGAGCUGCUGGCCAUGGGACAGAUGCUGAACGUGAACAUCCACCUGACGACGGGCGGCCGGCCCGAGAGCCCCACCGUUUCCACCAUGGUUCACUACCUGGGGCCCGAGGACCCGACACGGCCCAGUAUCUGGCUGAGCUGGCUUAGCAAUGGGCACUACGAUGCUGUGCUGGACCGCGUGUGCCCCAACCCAGAGUACGAGGCGUGGUGCAGACAGACUCAGGUACAGCGCAGGCGGGAUGAGGAGCUGGCCAAGUCUAUGGCGGUGUCCUUGUCCAAGAUGUACAUAGAGCAGAAUGCCUGCUCAUGAGAGCGCCCGGGCCGGGAGCUUGGCUGCAGGGACUGACAGAGAGGUGUGCUGGCUGUGAUGGUGAUGCCUUAAUCCUUAAUGAAGCAGCAGCACCCCCGACGGAGAAAGACUGUAGGUUGCGGGGGAUAAAUACAGACGUAGUUGUAAUAUUCUGUUGUGAAAACUUAGCCUCGGGUUCUUUGCAAGCAGAUUUUCUGUGUAUGUUUGUGUCUCCCCUCCUCACUGUCUAUUUUCUAUAAGAAUGUAUUUUUUGCACACUAUUUUUAAACUGUUACCUCCAUCUUCUACAUCUUACAUUAGUAUCUGGCUUUCAGCUGUACAGCCAAAAACGUUUGUAAACAGUUUUUGUAAAUAAGGCUUAUGAUGUAACAGCUAUUUUUUGCUGUGUUUUUUACCCAUAAACCUUAUAUUUUUACCAAAUGAAGUUGAUGUCAAACUGACCCCCCUAGUUGAUGAAAAUGUUGUGGGUAUUUUCUUGCAAAAUUAAAAUAAUGGCUUUUGUAAAAGUGUGGCAAAGUGAGAACAGACUGCUUUUAGGAACAGUUGCUUUCUCUGCCUGGAGCACAGAACAGGUCCUUUGAGCCAGUUGGAAUGCAGCUACACGUGAACAGUGCAGGGAGCAAUUGACUCUUCUGUUUUUAAUUACUGUUUUGAGUAAACUGGCCUCCUGUUGCCUGGUUGGCUCACUCUCUGCUCCGUUUAUAUUAUUUAUCUAUAAUAACAGAACAUUAACUUGCAAUAGAAUGUUGUGACUAGAUAAUAGUCUCCUGCUUUGGCAGUAAUUGCCUUGGCUGCACCUCAGUGUUUGUGUUCUUGUUUCUGGGGUUAUGGUGUCUUUCGUAUAAGCCCUGCUUCUUUUUUGGCACUGGUGUUUCACCAACAAGUCAUUAUCUGAUCACAACAUUUUAUUCACGUGACUUUAUUUUCUAUUCAAGAAAUCAGGAAUGGUUUAUGGUUUAAAAGAAAAAAAUAGUUAAAUUGAGGUUUGUAUGGUUUGCUGGGUCAAACAUUUAAAUGUCCAAUCUGGAUUCUGUCUCUUCUACUUUCUGAUUAACUUGUUAGAUAUAUUUAUUAAGUAAUGCAGUUUGUACUUUUUUAUUUUGUAAUAUAUUGUGAUUUUUGAAUUUAUACUGUAUAAUAGGAAUAUUCACAGCUAAAAUGGAAUGAAUAAAGAAUAUAAUUUUA